AUGCUGCGACUUGCGCUUGCACUCAUCUUGGAGGCCGUGCUUCCUGCAAGGUCAGCACCAUGCCCAGCAAAUGCUGCGCCAUUCACGCCGCCCAGUGCUAUCUCCGAAGCAGAGCAGGUCAAGUAUGCCGAGCUUUUCACAGUGACAUGGCACACCACCUACAAGGUCAUCAAGUUUAAUCCGACGCAGGGGCUGUUCAAGAGUGGCUGGCCUAACCCAAGUCUGCGAAACCAGCGAAUCCCAGAUUUGGUGUUGUAUCAGUGCGGCACAACGCAGCCGACGACGGCCUUCAACGAUGUAUCGGCUGAUGCCUGGUUCUUCUCCAUCCCGAUUGAGCACGCGGCUCUUCCAGGGACUGCGCCCAUGCACUUUUUCGAGCUGCUGUCGGUAACUGAGGCCAUUGAUGCCAUUGACAUGACCUACAUCACCUCGCCUUGUGCGCAGUUGCUC